AUGUCACCUCGAUCGAUCUCCUUCCUAAUCUUUUCCCUCUUCAUCGAAUCCACACUCGCUGACGUGAUUCGAACCGUUUACUGUAAUGGACAAUGCACUGAUUAUCUACAUAUUGCUGAAUCACUAAUGCCAAGUUGUGGAGUCGAUCAUGUACAGAUGAACUUUUGCGGAACUGUGAUCUCAUGCAAUCCGGCCGACGCGCAAAAGUACGGCGCCCGUCCACUGAUGAACACCACCGCGCACACGUGCUGCUACGUGACACAAGUGUACAUAAACGUUUUCCAGAAAGAGCACGGCGACUGCGAUCCGCGAGAGGUUGUCGACAACAUCGAGCCGGUCGUUGUGAUGGAACCCCGCCCGCAAAGGAUCAUUUGCGACGCGGAUCCGUCGAUGAUCGGCUGGAUCGUUGCCUGUAUUCUCCUUUUUGUUGUCCUUCUCGAAACCGCCUACAUCGUGCACACGUUUCUCUCAAGACCGCAGGCAAAGGUAGCCCAGCUCGCCCCGCUCGGCCACCCAAUCAUGACCGCUCGACCACUUCUCGUCAAUCGGCCACUCCUCUGCGAACCA